AGGUAUUCGAACGCUACACCAGCAUCAUCGAUUGUCGUCUGCUUCCUGCCCUCAUUCCAUUCGGCGCAUCAAGCUUGCCAAUGUCAAGAUAACAUUCGCCAUCCCCUCUUUCUUUUGCUCGACUUUCUUUUCGUUUCGCCAUGUUCAGACCUGUUGCGCGCGCUGCCGUUCGAACGGCUUGUAAUACUACCACUACCUUUACAGCUAGACGGUUACCGGCGAGAAGAUGGGCAAGCACAGCGGCGGAUAAACCACGGAGUUGGAAAAACAGCGCCAUAAGAUGGGGUCUUGCAGGUGCGAUUGUGUAUUACUAUAACACGAGCAACGUCUUUGCGGAGGAUGUGGUGGAUCAGUACGCACAAUACCCUCCCGCUGUAACAUCAGAGACCGAAGCUCUUCCAACUCUGGAAUCAUACGCCAAGAAAUCAAAGGCCCCUCUUGAGACAAGUCAGACGACGAGCACGCCUGAGAUGGUAGAAGGCGAGGCACUUCCAACUCCAUCGGAAGGAGCAGAAGAUCUAGAGGCUGAGGCCUCUCAACAAGGCGCAUUCAAUGAAGAGACUGGAGAAAUCAACUGGGAUUGCCCUUGCCUUGGUGGGAUGGCACAUGGCCCAUGUGGCGAGGAAUUCAAAGCUGCCUUCUCCUGCUUCGUGUACAGCAAGGAAGAGCCCAAGGGUGUGGACUGCAUAGACAAAUUCAAAGGCAUGCAAGAUUGCUUCAGAGCACACCCUGACAUUUACGGUGCGGAACUGGAAGAUGACGAGGAGGAGGACGCUCCUGGUGAAGAGGAUGUCGCGCCUGCACUUGCGAGAGAUGCGUCUGCAGAGGCUUCUGGCAGCUCUGACGCAGUCACCUCUCCGAUAAGCACGGAAACUGCCCAGGAAAACGCUGAAGGCAAUGCAGACAAGGCGGCCAACAAAGCGAUCCGUCCCGAAGUAAGCGCAAAAGUCGAGCCGAUCAGCGAGAGCGCAGACCUCGUGCCAAAGGCCGCGCAUGAUGCCACAGACGCUUCAUCUGGGUCGAAGAGCGAGGCAUAGACAUCUUGUACCAUAGCUCCAUUGUCGCGCCUGUCCUAGUCAGCCGGCGCGUAGCAUUUGCAGCAUGAACAGUCUGUUCUUGUGUUUGUCGAAAUACUCUGCUCCAAAGAUGUAUUAUCAUAGUUGAAAUCAGAGAACAAGUCCAUAGAUCAGCGUCUUUUUCUAGAGCUCGGAACCGUCUAGAUUCGAA